AUGACUCUGAGUUCAAAAAUGCAUUUUUCCAAGUCUUAUGUUCGGGUGAGGGAAUAUGAUUCGAGGCGGGACUCAAGAAGUCCUAGUCGUGGCCCAUCUCAUUCUAGAGGAAGAAGCUACAGCCGUAGCCGUAGCCGCAGUCGUAGUGACAGCCCUGUGCGGAGCCCAAGCAAAUCUCCAAAUGUUAAAUCCUCACAACGAUCACCUGCUAAAUCUCCAGCCAGAUUGGUUUCUCGUUCUCGCUCAAGAUCUAGGUCCCGUUCUUUAUCAGGAUCACGGUCAAGGUCAAGAUCUCCAUUACCUCUGCGUAACAAAAGCCCUAUAAAGCGCAGUGCUAGCAGGAGUCCAAGUAGGAGCAGGAGUCCAAGUAGGAGCCGAAGUAAAAGUCUAUCCAGGUAA